UCCGACUUUCCCAAACAAUCCAUGGCGGGAGGAAAGAUAAAGAAAGAAAAGCUCCGUAAAGGCAGCGCCGGUGGCGGUGGCAACCCACACUUCCAAGGUGGGAUACCAUUCCACAAGUCAAAGGGUCAGCACAUAUUGAAAAACCCACUUCUAAUCGACUCUAUUAUCCAAAAAUCCGGCAUCAAACCCACUGAUGUCAUCCUCGAAAUCGGUCCCGGUACUGGUAAUCUCACGAAAAAGCUUCUGGAAGCUGGAAAAUCAGUCAUCGCCGUAGAAGUUGACCCCCGUAUGGUUCUUGAACUGCAAAGAAGGUUUCAAGGAACCCCUUUUUCUAGUCGACUCAAGGUUAUACAAGGGGAUGUUCUUAAGUGUGAACUACCUUACUUCGAUAUAUGUGUGGCAAACAUCCCAUAUCAAAUAUCGUCUCCACUCACUUUCAAAUUAUUAUCACAUCGUCCGUUGUUCAGGUGUGCUGUAAUAAUGUUCCAGAGAGAAUUUGCAAUGAGGCUUGUUGCUCAGCCUGGUGAUACUCUAUAUUGUCGCCUUUCAGUGAACACACAAUUAUUGGCCCGCGUUUCUCAUUUACUGAAAGUAGGGAGGAAUAAUUUUAGGCCUCCACCGAAGGUUGACUCUUCUGUAGUUAGAAUAGAGCCUAGGAAAACUCUUCCUCCUGUGAACUUCAAGGAAUGGGAUGGUUUAGUUCGAAUAUGUUUCAACCGGAAGAACAAAACUCUAGGUUCUAUUUUUAGACAGAAGACUGUCCUGUCGUUGCUUGAAAAGAACUACAAAACCUUGCAAGCAUUACAGCUAUCCCAUGAAGGUUCUUCCGAUGAUACUGAGAUGGUUUUGGCUGUAUCUGCUUUGGGAGAUACGUUGGAAGACUUGAGCAUGGAUGUUGAUGAUGGAAGAGAUGAUGAGGAAAUGGAGGUGGAUGAUGGAAGUGCAAAAGGAUCUGAAUUUAAAGAAAAGGUUUUAAAUGUAUUGAAGCAAGGAGAUUUUGAAGAGAGAAGAUCCUCAAAACUUACACAGACAGAUUUCAUGUUCCUCUUAUCUCUAUUUAACAAGGCUGGAAUCCAUUUUUCUUGAUCCAAGCACCAGCUGCUCAUGCUACAUGUUUUGAGUGAUUUUCUCUGCAUUUUAUCCACGUCCAAUUUUGUUUUGUUUUUGCUCUCUUUCUUUUUUGGUAAGCAUUGUAGAGAUGAGGGGUAUGUGUCCCAACUUUAACUUCUGUGAGAGUUUCUACGCUGUAAUAUAUCGGGAAUAUGUUGUGCAAUUGCGUUUCUCCCUCUCAA